UUCAAUUCGAAAACAACAAAUCAAAUCAAUAUGUUCAAGUUUGUCGCUGUUGUCCUCAUGGCUUUGGUUGCUAUUGCUUCUGCCAAACCAGGAAUUGUCGCUCCAUUGGCUUAUAGUUCACCAUUGAUUGCUGCUGCACCAGCUUCUGCUGUCUACUCUCGGGAAUAUCAUGGAAACUUUGCUUCGCCUUAUGUUGCUGCUCCAUACGCUGCCGCUCCAUAUGCUGCUGCUGCCCCAUUGGUAGCUUCACCAUACGCUGCUUAUAGUGCUGGAUAUGCUGCUCCAUUUGGAGCUCCAUAUGCUGCUCCUUACGCUGCUGCCCCUUACGCUGCUCCAUAUGCUGCCGCUUAUGCUUCACCUUACUUGUUCAACAACAAUAAUAUAACAACUAUUCAGACUUCGGUUUUUAUUGGAGCAAAUUCUUUAAUUCGAAUUGAUCUAAGUCGAAAUUUUAUCGAAGAUGUUAAUGAGUUUAGUUUUCGAGGUUUACAAAAGGUUGAUAAAAUUAUGCUGGCUUAUAAUCGAAUUCGAAAUCUCAGUAAGGAUGUUUUCUUCGAAAAUCAAUCUCUCGAAACGAUUUCGUUGGAGAAUAAUCUUUUGGAGUACAUCGAUCCGGAAGUUUUUUCAAGACUUCGUCGAAUUCGAGAAGUUAACUUAUCAAACAAUCGACUAAAAUCACUCCAUCCUGAUACUUUUCAGCUGGCUUAUGGGAUUGAGACACUUCUUUUAGGUGGUAAUCGGCUGAAAGAGUUCAGUUUGACAGAUAAGAGUAUCUUCCUGAGACUUCAUUUAGACAGUAAUCAGCUUACGUCAUUGGUCAUCAACUCUACAAAAGUAGUUCGAGCAGAAAAUAAUAGUAUUUCAUCAAUCACAGCUUUAAAUUCGAAUUUCUUGGAAAAAUUGGUACUUGGACGGAAUAACUUCACCGAUGUCUCCAACAUUACCAAUAUCACCAGUCUUUUAGUUCUUGAUUUGUCUUAUAACAAAAUUGGCCCGUUAAAUGUGACUUCGUUUGAAAAACUUCGUCGUCUUAAAGAGCUUUAUUUACGAAGUGCAGGAGUUUCGAAAAUCACUUUCGGCAUGUUUUCGAAACAGACGGGUUUGGAGACUCUCGAUCUCUCCUUUAACAACUUAACCUACCUCAAUUUGAACAUCUUUUUCCCCUACAUGUCGAAAAUAAAGAAUUUCUACAUUGAUGGAAAUAAUUUGACGGAAAUUCAUGGAAUCCAUUUUGCCUACGCCUUCCCGAAUCUUGUUAAAGUCGGUCUUUCAAGAAAUCGUUUUAAUUGCUCCUAUCUUCAUACGAUUUUAUCGCCACCAUUUUUAUCGGGUUUUGUUGAGUUGCACACUGAACCGGAAAAUUCUACAGAAGAUUCUACACACAUUCGGGAUAUUGUUUGUGACAGUACGCAGCAUGAAAAUCCUUCUACGAACAUUAAACCUGAGCCAGAAAUUGAUGUUUUGAGAAGUACAAUAACACGACUUGAAAGUCAUGGAAGGCGAUUAGAGGUCUAUCUGUUGGCUCUAAAAAUCCUGAUAAUUAUCCUGAUUUGUCAUACAUUUUUGGAGGACAGAUUUUGUUUUCGAUUUCAAUCGAAUUGUUGGGGUUUGGACUAUAAAAGUGAGAGUUCUUUAUUUUUAAAACGUAGUCCAUUGUUUGCACUUACUUCAAAAACAACUCCACCCAAAAUGUUCAAAUUGAUCGCUAUUGUUGUCCUGGCUUUGGCCUGCACUGUAUCAGCUAAGCCCCAAUUAUUAUACUCAGCUCCAGUUGUUGCUGCUGCUCCCGCACCAGUUGUGACUGCUAGCAGCUCACAAUAUAUUGCUAGGAAUUACAAUGGUAUUGCCGCUGCACCAGUUGUUGCUGCCGCAUACACAGCUCCUGUAGCUGCUGCUGCUUAUACCGCUCCAGUUGCUGCUGCAUAUCCAUACGCUACCUAUCCAUACACUGCUGCCUUCGCUAUCUGCUUGUUCGCUCUCAUCGCUGUUGUAGCCGCUAAGCCAGCCGUUAUUGCUCCAUUGGCCUAUUCAGCAUAUUCAGCACCUUUGGUGGCCUCACCCUACACUGCCGCUUACACUGCUCCAUAUGCUGCUGCCUAUUCAGCACCUUAUGCCGCCUAUUCAGCUUAUCCAUAUGCUUCAGCUUAUUCAGCAUACCCAUAUGCCGCUGCUUACUUCCUCUUCAAUAUGUUCAAAUUGUUCGCUAUCUGCAUCUUGGCCGUUUUCGCUUGUGCCGCAGCUAAGCCAGCUAUUUUGGCAGCUUCCCCUAUCGCCUAUUCAGCUCCACUGGCCUAUAACGCUGGAUUUGCUCCAGUUGUUGCUCCUUACGCUUCCAGCUACACUGCCAGCAAUGUCAUCCACUCUGCCGCUUAUCCAGCCGCUUAUGCUGCAUCUCCAUACGCAGUAGCUGCCCCAUUAGCCUAUAGUGCACCAGCUGUAGCUGCUCCAGUCGCUUACAGUGCACCAGUCGCUGCUCCACUUGCUUACAGUGCCCCAGUUGCAGCUCCACUUGCUUACACCGCUCCAGUAGCUCGUGCUUUCCCAGUUCCAGUUGCUCGUGCUGUAGCUCCAGUGGCUCCAAUUGCUCCAGUUGUUUUGAAGAAGUAAACAAAAAAUAUCUGAGCUUGUAUCAAAAAUGUGAUUGGAAUUAAAGAAAUUAAGACUUAUUGAAGUGCAAA